UUCAACCUCCAAAGAGGUGUGAUUUCUGACCGGGUCACCCGGCUAGCGUGUGUCAGCCGGGGGGAGAACCUGCGUGAACACGAACGAUCCCGACGCAGCGAGCGCAGCUGGCUCCAGCUGACGUCAGCACGUGACGUGCGACGGUCACGGCAGCAGCAGCAGCAGCAGCAGCAGCAGCAGCAGACAUGUAUCGGUUGGUCGCCCGUCUCUUCGGAGUGGUUUCUCGGCACGCGACGCCCAGGUCCGCGGUGUUACCGAGGAGGAUCCCGGGAUUCGUUCGUGCAGUAUCCACAUCUCUAGGCCUGCAGUCUCUCACCCGUUAUAACGAGACUACAGACUGGCAGAAGAAACUGACCCCAGAACAGUAUGUAGUCACCAGAGAGAGAGAGACCGAGGUGCCUUUUAGUGGGAUCUAUCUUAACCAUUCUGAAGUUGGGAUGUACCACUGUGUCUGCUGUGAGGCUCCACUUUACAGUUCAGAGGCAAAGUAUGACUCGGGGACAGGCUGGCCUGCAUUCAAAGAGGCUCAUGGGACAUGGGAGAGGGAUGAAAGCCACGCCUCCAUCAUUCGUCGCCCUGACAACAGCCUGGGCAGUGCUGGGACAGAGAUUAUUUGUAAAAAUUGUGAUUCCCACCUGGGUCACGUGUUCGAUGAUGGACCCGACCCGACCGGUCAGCGGUUCUGUAUCAACAGCGUGGCCCUCACGUUCAAACCCAGAGAAAAUAUCACACCUGACAAAGAUGAGCAGGAGUGACUGGUCAUGAAAACACAAUUGGGUUUAUUUCCAACAAGUCCCUUUAGGAGGCUAAAUGAAGGACCACCUAAAUGACAUUCCAUGGUUUUGACCUAAGCAUGUUUGCAAGUGAGAAGCUUUCUGUUGGAAAAGGUGUGUUAUUCAUUUAAUCUCAAACAUCCUGGUGUAAAGAAUUAAGCUCAGUUUCUUGUUAGGAAUAGUGGAUUAACAGUACGCACCGGAGGGAAAUCUACAUAAAGAACAUACUUUACAUUAUUCACACAAACUCAAACUGUAGACCAUCAGCUCCUUCAAUUGAAAUACUUACCCACAUUUAUUUUUAUUGUUCAAGUUUUGUUGAGUUGGUCAUUUCGAUUUAAAACUGAAUUUAUGAAUGUCUUCAUGUCAAAAUCAGAAACGGUGUAUGUUAGCAAAUACAUCAAAUUGGACUUGGUCAUGGGUGCAUAACAAUGAACAGCGCAAUAGUAUAAAAACAAGAAUGUCAAUUUACAAUAAAGUAUGGUAAACAAAUAUAUAAGAAAGCGUUAC